AUGGAGAUCGAGCCUGUCUACUUCUUCAAGACGAUCCAGGCCGACGCCAAGCGCGUGGUCCUCGAGACGCUCGAGCACGCGCUGCGCGACCAGGUCUACCACCCCGUGGACGCCCAGAAAUGGACGCAGUCACUGCCGGCCGCGUGCCUCCAGCGGCUCCAGACGCUUGCGGACGGCGCCGCCGGCUUCAAGUUUGUCGUGCAUCUCGCGCUGCUGCAGAAGAAGAACGGCGGUGUGCACACGUCGUCCGCGUGCGCGUGGAACGCCGACACGGACGGCCAGGUCGUCGUGCGCUACGAGACGCCGACGCUGGUCGCGAUCGCGACUGUGUACGCGCUCAGCCUCGCCUAG